AUCGCACGGGUGAGUUUACUAGUACUGGAUAAUAGGAGUCUUGUUCUCAUUAUCUAAGCUCUUUCAUGGAGGCGUCUUCAGUCUACGGAGCUCGGAAUUCCUUCCAUUGUGCCAAGGAGAGCUCAGCUGAUUCCACCGCUCAAGGUGCUAUCUCAAUGCACUUAAUGGCAGAAAGAUAUUGUACUUUUUAUUCGUCCUCGAAAAUGACGCACUAUAUCCACAUAUAAUGCUGCUACUUUCUCAAAAUUGAAUUUCAUGAUGGCAGAAGAUUUUUGUGAGCCAUCUGAGGAACUCUCAGAGAACGAAGACAAGUCUGAGUGGCUUGUUAUGCAGGUCUAUAUGGCAUGUGUGAUGAAUGGUCAUAGAAUUGGGGUUUCCUAUUAUGACUCCAGCAUUCGCCACCUCUAUGUAAUGGAAAUUUGGGAAGAUGGGAGUGAAUACUUUCCCCUGGUUGAUAUGGUAAAAUACCAAGUGCAACCUGGAGUCAUCUACACUAGCACAAAAACAGAGGAGUCUUUCUUGUCUGCUUUACAGAGAUGUGAUGAAGCAAGUAGGGCUGCCACUGUAAAGCUGGUAAAGAGUUCAAUAUUCAGCUAUGAGCAAGCAUGGCACAGAUUGAUGUACCUUCAGGUCACAGGGAUGGAUGGGAGCUUAAAUAUCAAAGAGAGGAUUGCCCUUACUGGCAACCCUCUUCCUUUACCCGCACCUGGUGUCCGGAAAGUAGCUACCCAAGGCACCCACUGUGGAGCUGAGUUCUAUGAUGGACAUUAGCAGUGAUGCUCAAGUGCGCGCAAGUGGAGGGCUUCUCGCCAUACUGGAGGAUGAAAGGAUAGUAGAUACCCAUGAACAAAAUGAAUUUGGAAAUGCAUCAAUUGCUAUUGACUCCAUCGGUGAAAUUUCUUUAAAAAACUUUCUGAAACUUGAUUCAGCUGCCCAUGAGGCAUUACAGAUAUUCCAAAUAGACAAACAUCCUAGCCAUAUGGGGAUUGGCAAAGCAAAAGAGGGGUUCUCUGUCUUUGGAAUGAUGAAUAAGUGUGUUACACCAUUAGGCAGACGUCUUUUGAGGAACUGGUUUUUGAGGCCCAUACUGGAUCUUGAUGUUUUAAAUGCCCGGCUUGAUGCUAUAUCAUUUCUCUUGUAUGCCAAAGAACUAUCAAUUUCCUUGCGUGAAACAUUGAAGUCAGUGAAAGAUGUUCCCCGCAUACUGAAGAAAUUCAACUCCUCAAGCUCUACAUGCAUGAAUACGGACUGGGCUGCUUUUCUGAAGAGUAUUUGCUCACUCUUGCAUAUCAACAAAAUAUUUGAAGUGGGCAUUUCUGAAGAUCUUCGAGAUCAGUUGAAGUCUUUGAACAUAGGUUACCGAGGACCUUUCAAGUGAUCUGGCUUUUGUUUGUGAACUGGUAGUUGGUGUUCUUGAUGUAAAUAGAAGUAAAGAGAAGGGUUAUGAGACGAUUGUGAAAGACGGUUUCUGUGAUGAGUUGGAUGAGCUGAGGCAAAUAUACGAAGGAUUGCCUGACUUUCUGGAUGAGGUUUCGUCAAUAGAACGUGCAAGACUCCCUCACAUGAUGGGAGAUAAGGGUGUCCCUUGUAUUGUCUAUAUGCAUCAAAUAGGUUUCUUAUUCUGUAUUUUCAAUAAAAAACUUGAUGAAGAGAUGCAAGAGAAACCUCCUGAUUUUGAGUUUUCCUUUUUCGAUGAGGAUGGAGAUAACAAGAAGUUCUUUUACCGCACCUCAAAAACACGAGAGUUGGAUACCCUUCUUGGAGAUAUAUACCAUAAAAUCCUGGAUAUGGAGAGAGCAAUUACAAGGGACAUAGUAUCACAUGUCCUGCAAUUUGUAGUUCCCAUCCACAAUGCUGUUAAUUUUGCAGCUGAGCUUGAUUGCCUCUUAUCAUUAGCACUGGUUGCUCGUCAAAACAAUUAUAAAAGGCCGACCUUGACUGCACAAAAUUUUCUUGAUAUACAUAACGGAAGACAUCUUUUGCAGGAAAUGACAGUUGAUACAUUCAUUCCCAAUGAUACAAAGAUUUCAGAUGAAGGAAGGGUUAAUAUCAUAACAGGGCCUAACUAUUCUGGUAAAAGUAUCUAUGUAAAGCAGGUCGCUUUAAUAGUCUUUCUUUCCCACAUUGGAAGUUUUGUACCAGCUGAGGCAGCCACAGUGGGUCUAACUGACAGGAUAUUUUGUGCAACGGGAAGCAAGUUUAUGACUGCUGAACAGUCAACGUUUAUGAUUGAUCUGCAUCAAGUGGGAAUAAUGUUAAGGCAUGCAACCCCUCAUUCCUUGUGCUUAUUGGAUGAAUUUGGAAAGGGCACCCUCGCUGAAGAUGGCAUUGGUGUCCUUGGUGGAGUUAUAAAUCAUUUUGUAUCCUGUUAUGAUCCUCCAAAGGUUCUUGUCUGUACUCAUUUGACAGAAGUAUUCGAUAGUGGAUGCUUAUUGGAGUCCAAAAGGAUCAAAUAUUACACCAUGAGUGUGUUAAGUCCAGAAAAAGGUUCUGGUGAUCUUGAAGAUGUUGUAUUCUUGUACAGGCUGAUUCCAGGCCGUGCACUUCUUAGCUUUGGAUUACACUGUGCACUGCUUGCAGGAAUACCCCAAGAAGUUGUUAAGCGAGCAGUGGCUAUUUUGGAUGCUCUGAAAAAUGACCGGCAUAUUGAGCGGCUGCAAAGUGAGAAUGUAUUGGUUCGUGACCAGCAUUAUAAGGACGCAGUGGAGAAGUUGUUAGCCUUUGAUGCAAUGAAUGGAGACAUGCGCCAGUUCUUUGAAAACAUUCUUCCUUCAUAGUUUCAACAAUCCUCGCAUUACAUUAGUGUCUCAUACUCUCAUCUCCUUGCAUGCAAAACCUGUCGAAGUGUAGAUAAAUAUUUGAUAGAAUGUUAGAUGAGGGCUUUCCUAAAAUACUAUUGAAAUAAAAUUAUGGAUAAAAAUGUAACGUAAUUUACUAUGAGUAUACCUUCAUGGUUAUUGCUGUCUAGAAUUAAAUAUAAUCACACCC